UUAUCAUUGGUUUAGAGUAGUUGACUGAUUGCUCCUGGGAGUGUAGUAUCGCCUCGGAAGAACUGUAAGGACGGGAUUUCUUCGGACAAGAAAAGGUUACAGGAAAAGACAAAAUGCAAUUCACAAUCAUACUAGUUCUCUUGGCCACGGCCGUCAGUAGCAGCAUUGCAGGAGGAUACAUAGCAGAAUACCGAGUGGCCAAGUACAUACGAGGUGGGGCCAACGAACUUGAGAAGGUGAAAUUCACAAAUGAGCUGCUUAAAGAGAACAAAGGUCAAUGUACGGGCGUUCGUUGCAGCUAUGAACAAGGCUCAAAGGUGAUAGAGUGCGUGAUCAAUUCGUGUAUCCCGACCACGUUUUACAGUCAGAAGUGUGCCCAGGUCUCCGCCGCCACCGCACCAGUUCCGUGCUAUUACGAACACAGCCCGGCAGUUGAUGGCGCUGCAUACCCCGCCUGCUGUAAUGUCUACACUAGUUUCUGCAAGGGAGAAGCGGGGUACCAGGAGUCUGAACUGCCAAAGUACACAGCAGAGGAGAUCGAGAAAUGCCGAAACACGCCUAUCUUAAUCUCUAAAUAACUCGGACAAUCAAUUCAAGUCGGAGAAGACACAACCCCAGUAUUCAGGUUUAUAUGACGUGUUAGCUGGAGUCGCGUUUGGUCUUUAGAAGUGAUGUAUCUAAAUCAUGAUUAAUGAUGAUUAAAUAAGAAAUUAUUUGUAA